AUCCCAUCCCCUCGUCAUGUCCUCUUCCCACCUCAUCCCACCCCAUUCCCAUCCCACCCUGGCCCCCCCCGUCCAAUUCUGAUCCCAUCCCCUCCCCAUCACAUCCCACACUGUCCCCAUCCCAUUCCAUUUCUAUCCCAUGUUGUUCCCAUCCCAUCCUACCCUGAUCCCAUCCUCCCCAUCACAUCCCAUCCCCAACCCCAUCCCAUCCUCCACAUCCCCACCCCCCAUCCCGAUGCUAUCCCGCCCCAUCCGUGUACCAUCCUGCCCCAUACCACACCACCUUGAUCCCACCCCACACUGUCCCCACCUUACCCCAUCCUACCCCCCUAUCCUGAUCCCAUCCCACCCUGACUCCCUACCCUCAUCCCCCAGCUCCCUGCCCUAGGGGGAGUUCCCCCCAUCUCCCUGCUCCCCAGGAAGGGCAGACCUGGCACCCCCUCCCCAGAACACCCUCCUCCCGCCCCACCAGCUCCAGCUGGGGUGGCUGCCUCAUCCCACCCAUCUGUGGGCACUUAAGAGCCAGGGCCAGCUGGGGGAGCCUGGGCUGGCCAGUAUGGCUACUGGGGAACAGCGCAGGCAAGAGGAGCGGCAGCGCCGGCGGCGAAGGGUUCAGCAGCAAGAGAUGCUCCUGGCAGAGAGCCUGGGCAAGCACCCCCUGCAGAACAGGUGGGCACUGUGGUUCUUCAAAAAUGACAAGAGCAAGAUGUGGCAGGCAAACCUGCGCCUUGUCACCAAGUUCAGCACUGUGGAGGACUUCUGGGCGCUGUACAGCCACAUCCAGCUCGCCAGCAAGCUCACAUCUGGCUGCGACUACUCCCUCUUCAAGGAUGGCAUCGAGCCCAUGUGGGAGGACAGCCAGAACAAGCGUGGUGGGCGCUGGCUCAUCACCCUGGCCAAACAGCAGCGGCACACCGAGCUGGACCGUUUCUGGCUGGAGACGGUGAGUGCGGCCCCGCUCGGGCCGGUCUGCAGGGUCCUGGCAGUGGUGUUUCCCCCUGCCACAGCACCAAGCCCCAGCGGGUAUUGUCCUGAGCUCCCCUUCUCCUGGCAGCUGCUAUGCCUCAUUGGGGAGAUGUUUGAUGAGUACAGCGAUGAGGUGUGCGGGGCCGUCAUCAACAUCCGCGCCAAGGGGGACAAGAUCGCCAUCUGGACCCGGGAAGCGGAGAAUCGGGAAGGAGUCACCCACAUCGGGCGCAUCUACAAGGAGCACCUGGGCUUGUCGCAGAAGGUGGCUAUUGGGUACCAGGCCCAUGCAGACACGGCCACCAAGAGCAGCUCCCUCACCAAGACCAAGUUUGUAGUGUGACUGCGGGAGUGGGAUGCUGCCUGCGGAGUCCCCCUCUCCCAUCCCACAAUGAAUGGCUGCAGCUGAGCACAGUCUGUGUGUCCAGGGCUGGGCCAGGGCUCUGGCACCCUGGGGUGGCUCUUGCUUGGGAGGGGGUCUCCUGGGAGGGGGACAACGCGUUGCCGUAACCUGUACCCACCUGCUGGGUGAGCAGGGGUGGGAGCACAGAGCUGGCAUUGCCCAGGCAUCGCUGUGAGCUUGGGACACCGUGUCCCCCCCUGCCUCCCCCAGUGCCAGUGUCCCUCUCCCCGGGGCUGCAGGGGUGUCUCUGCUUUGGGGGACCCUGGAUAGUCCUCAGGAGUAUGCUGGGCUCUGUCCUCCCCUGGCUAAAGCAUGGGCACAGCUUGCUGCCCUGCAACCCUGGGUGUGGGAGGGGGUACCAGAGCCCUGCUCCUCUGGGUUGGUUCAGCUUGGGGAGCUGGUCCCCGUCUCUCCCAAGCCCCUGCACGUCGGUGGGACAUGGGUCUGCCUGCCUUUUCAGGAAGACUAUCUCCCUAGCCAAGACCUCCCUGAUAUCCCCCCAGGGUUGGUGCUGGGGCUGCAGCACAGCAUCAUUCCCAUGUUGCCCACCUCAGGCUUUGUUUGCUCACAUCCCCUCCCACAGGCACCUGCAGCAUAGGGGCUAUGAAGCUUAUUUGCUUCCGGAGGGUUUAUUGGUGCCAGACCUGCAGGUUCACAGCCCCAGUCUAUUGAGCCCUGGGAGUUUACUGGCUCCUCCUCUCUGUGGCCCAUGUCUUCCAUGGUCCUUGCCGGCUGUCCUGACCCUGGCUGCAGAGGGGCCCCCUUCCUCCUUCCCCCCCCACUCUGCUCCAGCACAGCCCAGCCCACAAUCUGUC